AUGUAUUUAAGCUUCAGAAUCUAUAGAGUUUUUGUUGAACUUAUUUAUUUUACUUUAUUUUCUUAUUGUAGAAUAAAGACUGAAGAAUUUCAAGAUUGGGCUACAGAAAUUGUUAACCUUUUUAAAUACGAAAAGAUUUCUACAUAUUUCGUUCCAAGUAACGCUAAAUUGAAACGUUUUGCUCAUGGAAAACUUUGGGACAAGUAUAAUAAUGUUAAAAAGUUAAUUAUAAAACACAAAAAAGCGUGUAAAGAAGACAAUGUUGAAAUAACUCCUGAGAAUAAUAAUGACUGUGAAGAGGCACUAAUUGCAUUACGUGCAAUUCAACCGGAAGAUAUAAAUAUUGAAAAAUUGUGGAAAGAAACAUUUACAAGAAGAAACAGAGGAACUUCGAUUAGAAAUUAUUUUGAAGAAUAUCCUAUUUUAAAAACUGCGAUUGGUGCUACACUUUUGCAGAUUGAUUUUCAACUGGAAACAAAAACAGAUACGCUCACUUUCCAACAGAAAUGGCCUGACAUCGCUCCGUAUAUAAGACUUCUCGCUGAGAAAACAGAAGUAUGCCCAACAUUAUGUGAGGUGACAAAUGAUGUACCUGUUGAAACAUUAAGCCUUCUCAUGUUACCUUAUUUAUUAAAACCGAGUAAUGUGAAAACAGGCAAUAAGAAGAGGUGGAAACCAUCCAAAAUAGAAACUGCUGAAAGUUUUAUUUUUCGAGUUUCUAAUAUAGCAGAUUUGGAACCUAAACUCCAUAAACGAAAAGAAAAACUUGAAGCUUAUGGAUUGACACUUCAGCCAAUGGUGGUAGCAGUGGGUUCCAUUUUAAACUUGACAUCUUUUUACGUUAUUAUUAACGAUAUUAAAUAUACAUCAACAAGUUUAAUGAAUGCAAUCGAUUUAUGCUUUAAAAUAUUCUUUGCGCUAGAUGCAACAUAUCCAGCAGAUUCUGAAAUUGUGUGGUAUUUUUUACAACAAUAUAUUUAUGGCAUUACUAACAAAAAAUAUCACCGUAAUUUUAUUUCUGUUGAGACCACUUGGCAUGAUGUAGAACAACUUAUGCUUACUCGUAAGUAAAUCACUUCAAUAAUAAUUAUAGCAUCGCUAACUCGUUUAUGGAAAUAUAAGCACAUAUGUACAUUCCAAAGAUGAUGAAAUGUGAAUAUUGUCGAAAAACCUUUCCGAAAAGGUAUCUCAAGCUACAUACACGUUUUGAACACCGUAAAAGUAUUGCUAGUGUAAAAUAUACUUGUAAUUUCAAAGAUUGUAAUCGUUGUUAUUCUAAUUAUAAAACUCUUCAUCUACAUAAAAAGCGUUGCAAACAUUUUGAAACAGCAAUAUUUGAA